CGACGUGCUUUGGUCAUGUGCAGACUGACUGUAAUGUCGCCAUAAACGUAUCUCGCAGUUUGAAAACCACGAUCGGAAUCGAGAGAACGAGGCCUGUGCGGUGUUGUCCAAAUUUUUUCUUUCAUAACGAGACUAACCCGGAGUUUGUAGCUUAAAAUGAUUGCGAGCUAUUGAGCUUUGAAUGUCUGAAUAUCAGUCAAAUAUCCAACGUAAAACUACCUUUACCACGGUAGUCGUUACAUAGCUUGUGAAUUAUCUAUGUUUUUAGCUAGCUAGUUACAUUUGUGUUAUAUUUCGCAAUCCUCUACCUCAGAGGAUGACAACCGCAAUACAGACGUAACGUCUAGCGGGUUUCUUUAGCUAAUUAGCUUAGUUUUAAGAUAGGGAGGUGCGGUUGGUAGCUAGCUAACGCGGUAGUUAACCAAGACAACAGAAACAAUAUAGCUAGCUACAGUAGGUAGACAGCCACUGAAAUAACUGGAAACAGAUUGUUAGCUAGCAAGCUGAUUUAACGUAGUGUCAGUUGACGUUAGUUACGUUUUCUAUUUGAACGGAGCACAAUUGCUGUAAAACAUGUCUAAAUACACAAGUUUUCCGGAACCUGGCGAGGACCACAACCCAUUCCAGGACCCCGCAGUGACCCAACACAGCAGCAAUACUGAGUAUGCUACACUGGAUCUCUACAACCCAUUUGACAAUAAAAAUGGGCCCCCACCUCCACCCUAUGCGGCCACCUCCCCAUCGGCCCCCCCACCUUUUGUUCCUGCAACAACACCACCCAGCAGGACUACACCCACAGAGCCCCGCAACUAUGGCACCUCCUUCACCCCCCAGCAAACAGCGGUCAAUGCCACCACGGCAGAACUCUUGAGGAAGCAGGAAGAGCUGGAGAAGAAAGCCCGUGAGCUGGAGAGGAGAGAAAGGGAACUGGACUCACAUGCCCUUGGUCCUGGAGCUGCUCGUCAGAAUAACUGGCCUCCCCUGCCAUCGUUUUGCCCUGUGGGACCAUGCUUUUUCCAAGACAUCAAUAUGGAGAUCAGCCAGACCUUCCAACGCACGGUCACCAUCAUGUAUUACUACUGGAUGUUCACAGCCUGCACGCUGGCGUUUAAUUUAAUUUCCUGCCUGAGUCUGUUCUGUGUGGACCCAGCUGGUGGUGUUGGGCUGGGGCUGGCCAUUCUCUGGGUCCUCCUCUUCACUCCUUGUUCUUUUGUGUGUUGGUACAGACCCGUGUACAAAGCCUUCAGGAGUGACAGCUCCUUCAACUUCUUUGCCUUCUUCUUCAUUUUCUUCAUCCAAGUGAUCAUCUACGUCAUCAUGACCAUCGGUAUUCCUGGUUGGGGUUUCAGUGGCUGGAUUGUCACUCUGGCUACUCUAAAGACAAGCGUGCCUGUUGGUGUGAUCAUGAUGCUCAACUCCGUCCUAUUCACUGCCCAGGCUGCCAUGGGGGUCGUCAUGCUGAAGAGGAUCCACUCACUGUACAGGCAGACCGGUGCCAGCUUCGUCAAGGCUCAGGCUGAAUUUGCCACUGGAGUGAUGUCCAAUCAGGCUGUACGGCAGGCAGCUGCCAACGCCACUGCUUCAGCUGCCCAGGGGGCUUUUACUGGGGCAGCUCGAUAGAGAGGCGUAGGGCAAGGGAUAGAGAGUGCGGUAUCGAGGGUUAUGUGUAAGGGUGUACAGUAUAACAUAACGACACAAUACUGUUGUUUUGUGGAAUGGUUACAAGAGGGGUUUUAAUGUCUUUGGAAAUUACAGAGAAACAAAACAUCUGCCAAUAACUACCAGAGAAAA